AUGGCUUCCACCCCCGACGAUACCACUGCCCAUCUCUCCCUCGACGUGGAGUUUUCAGGAGGCCUCGAGAUGCUCUUCUCGGACCAACGCCGCCACUCCCUCACUCUGCCUGCCAAGGACAAGGAUGGCAACCCUUCCAACAUUGCGUAUUUGAUACAUCAUCUUUGCGAGAGUGUCAUGAAGGAUACUCGCAAGGAGCUUUUCGUCCUGCAGGAGCAUCUACGACCAGGUAUCCUGGUACUCAUCAAUGAUGCGGACUGGGAGCUGGAGGGAGAAGAAGAAUAUGAGCUGAAGAGCGGCGACAAUAUCCUCUUUGUAUCGACCCUGCAUGGCGGCUAA